AUGAUCAUCUACAAGGACUCCAUCACCGGCGACGAGAUCAUCUCCGACUCGUACCCUCUCAAGGAGAUCGAUGGCAUCGCCUACGAGGCCGACUGCGCCAAGAUCACUAUCGGCCAGGACAACAUUGACAUCGGUGCAAACGCCUCUGCUGAAGGUGGAGAUGACGAUGGUGCCGACGACACUGCCCAGACUGUUAUCGACGUUGUUCACUCCUUCCGUCUGAACGAGACCUCUUUCGACAAGAAGUCGUAUCUCACUCAUCUUAAGGGCUACAUGAAGGCUGUCAAGGCCAAGCUCCAGGAGAAGGGUGCCAGCGCUGACGAGGUCGCCACUUUCGAGAAGGGUGCGCAGGGCUUCGCCAAGAAGAUUGUUGCCAACUUCAAGGACUACGAGUUCCUGAUCGGCGAGUCCAUGGACCCCGAUGGCAUGGUCGUCCUUCUUAACUACCGCGAGGACGGUGUCACCCCUUUCAUCACCGUCUGGAAGCAUGGUCUCGAUGAGAUGAAGGUCUAG